CUAAAACGUUAAAGAAGAAAAAGAGUGGUAGUAGAAGGAAGAGGAAGGUUUUGUGUUGAAAAAAAAAAGAAUCUCUUUUGAAGAAGGAAAUGAGAGUAAUGAGGUGAAGUGUUGGUGGGUUUUGCUCAGAUUUCUUCAAUGUGUUUAAGGUUUGAAUGGUAGGUCAUGGCUUAUGCUGCACUUGAAGUUGGUGGUGGUUAUUUAGAUGCUGUUUAGAGGGAUCACAUUCUGAUUUAGUUAUUUUGGGAGGAAACUGGACAUGAGUAUGCUUGUGGGGAUAUGCUCGAACCGCGUGAAUCUGAUAUUCCUGUCCUGUUUCUGGUCCUGGUUGUACUUCCUUUGGUGGUUUAUAUCUUACUUGGAAAAUGGAGUGAGACUGCUUCGAAGAGAAAUAGGAUAACUUUGCUUGCUCAAUUGGCUGCUGAAGAAGCCUUUAAAGCUGAAGAAAUGGCUGUUACCGAUGUAAUUCCUCAAGUGUGUUCUCCGAAGAAUGAAGUUCAUCAUGAGUGUGCUAGGUGUUCUGCUCCUGCGAAAACUCGCUGCUCCAGAUGCAAGUUUGUUAGAUAUUGCUCUGGGAAUUGUCAAAUAAUCCAUUGGAGGCUGAUUCACAAACAAGAGUGCCAGCCAUUGGAAACUCAUAACUCAAGUUUGUUUCCAAUGGUUGAAGAAUUUGGUAAUGGAAGUGCGUUUUACGAAAAUAUAAACAGCCCCUACUUUGGUCACAAUUUGAACCAGCCAUUAAGGGAGAGGGAGCCUUUGGACAAUAUGGUUUACGGCCACCCUUUGACCGGCACCGCACCUUCUGCUACAGCUGAUUUUUCCCUAUCUAGUAAUUCUCCACCUCCCACUUUGGAGAGAAGAACUUCCCGUAAAUCCAACAGAGAAACACGGAGAAGAGAUACUGGUUCUGUACGUGAAUCUUCCGUCGAAUCUUCUGAUUAUAAAUCUACCACUUCUCAGGAGGCUUUAAUGAGACAGAAGUCAAGAAGUAGUGACGAUUUUGUGUUGGAGGAAGAAACUUCGAAGGUCAAUUCCAAUGGCGUUGGAGUUUAUAUUUAUGAACAAGAUGCUCCGAGAAACACAAUGCAUGAAGAUGAUAACUAUCAAGGUCAAUAUGAAAAUGUAUUUGCACCAAGAAACAAAUAUGGAUCCUCUAGUGUGUCAACUGCUGCGAACAAUGAUGAAGGUGUAAGUGAAUUUGAAACAAACAUCGUUACCAAAGGUGGAAACCAUCAUUCUGAUGAAGCAGCACUACACAAAUGCUCGCCUGAAAUGACAGUUAAAGGAAGUGCAAAGGCUAAAAAGCCAUCACAUCCUUUGAAGGCCAAAAGUUCUAAAUCACUGAAGUUAACGUCGAAGACAUCAAUUGACUUUUGUGGCCCGGAAAUAGAGAAGAAAGCGAAAAUUCCAGACGAACCAAAAGUUGCUGGAAACCGAGGUACUGUACCUUUGCUUGGUAUCAACGGGGUUACAAGCACUGGACUUAUGAAAAUGAUGGGUUUGAGGAAAUCAACAAAACAUACUGUACUGGCCUCCUCAGAAGAUAGUGGAGUAAGGUACAAGAAGGCAAAGAAUGUAAAGAUGCUAUUUCCGUAUGAAGAAUUUGUUAAGAUUUUCCAGAGUGAAGUGUUUGGCAUAUUCCCCAGGGGCCUUUUAAAUUGUGGUAACAGUUGCUAUGCCAAUGCUGUCUUGCAGUGCUUAACUUCUACAAAGCCUCUUGUCGUUUAUUUGCUUUAUGGAUCACAUUCGAAAUCCUGUUGUGCUAAAGAUUGGUGUCUUAUGUGUGAGUUAGAGCAACACAUGAUGAUUUUGAGAGAAAAUGGGGCUCCUCUAUCUCCGAGUAGGAUACUUUGGCAUAUGCGGAGCAUUAAUUGCCACAUGGGUGAUGGAAGUCAGGAAGAUGCUCAUGAAUUUUUAAGGCUUCUAGUUGCGUCGAUGCAAUCUAUAUGUUUGGAGGGACUUGGUGGUGAGAAAAAGGUUGAUCCUAGAUUACAAGAAACAACUUUCAUACAACAUACUUUUGGUGGUCAUCUUCAAUCCAAGGUUAAGUGUUUGAAUUGUAGUCAUGAGUCAGAAAGGUAUGAGAACAUUAUGGACUUAACGUUGGAGAUAUUGGGAUGGGUUGAGUCACUUGAAGAUGCACUGACUCAGUUUACUUCCCCUGAAGAUUUGGAUGGAGAAAAUAUGUACAGAUGUGGAAGGUGCACUGCGUAUGUUCGAGCUAGAAAGCAACUGAGCAUACAUGAGGCCCCUAACAUCUUGACCAUCGUUUUAAAGAGGUUUCAGGAAGGAAGAUAUGGCAAAAUUAACAAGUGCAUAACUUUUCCUGAAAAUCUAGAUAUGAUUCCUUUUAUGACUGGGACUGGUGAUAUUCCUCCAUUAUAUGCGCUUUACGCUGUUGUUGUGCACUUGGACACACUGAAUGCAUCUUUUUCCGGACAUUAUGUUUCAUAUGUGAAAGAUCUUCAUGGCAAUUGGUUCAGGAUAGAUGAUACCGAGGUUCAGCCAGUACUAAUCAAUCAGGUGAUGUCAGAAGGAGCAUAUAUCUUAUUCUACACAAGGUCUUCUCCUCGUCCACCAGUAGAAUUCACCGGGAAAGCCGUGCAGCAAUCGGUGUCCGAUUCUUCAAAACACUAUCCAUUAGAAAUGCAGAAGCCUUCUAAACCAGGACACAGCAGACAUGCCAGUCAAAGUUUUGUCACCGAACCUUCCCCCAAUGCCAGGCAAGAAUUUUCCACUCGCUUUAUAGACACCUCGAAUGGCUUCCUUAAAAGCACGAACAGAAAUGUGCUGCCUGUAAUACAAACAUACGCCGAGAACAUCAGGCAUGAGUUCUCAGACGCCACAUCAAGUGACUGGUCCAUUUUCACAAGCUCAGACGAGGCGGCUUCUUUCACAACUGAGAGUACUAGAGACUCUUUCAGUACUGUUGACUAUGGUGAUUCCUCAAACAUGGAUCCAAUUUCAUCUCUAUUCAAUUACACACCAGAAAACAACUAUAUGAAGAUUUCACAUACUAGGCCACUAACAAGGUUCUUCCCUAAAAAGGGUCAUAUUGAAAAAGUGCAGAGAAGUAGGUGUGAACUCUAGUCCUUUUGGAAAACCUAACUGGUUGAAUAUGAUUAGAUGGAGUAGGUGCUAUGUCUCAAAAUUUUCAAUAUUUAGUUGAUUGAGGCAUAUAGCUCUUUUAAGCACAUAUGUAUUUUAUAUUUAUUUUUAUUUUUAUUGAUAAUUGUAAAGAUGACAGUAAUGUUCUUCUCAUUAUCUAUUUAGUGCAUGGAAGUCUUUUUCUCUGGAAUUUGGAUUUUCUGCGGUCGGAAAUACGCACUUACUGCAGUCGCUGAAUAUUGGAACUGUUGGAGUGUGUAGUAAAUCUGAUUUAUUGAAGGUAGAAUGUGAGUUGUCUGAUCUUUAUCCAACGACUAAUAUUGGCUGACUGCAUUGAUUGCGUUAUUAUCCUAAUGCAAUGAAUCCAGGUCAGUAAGUAAAUUGCUUUUGGGAUUCAUGCUUA